UGAGAAGAGAGUCUCCUUCAAUCCGCCGUCCCUCACACACACACUCUGACUCUCUCUCUCUCUCUCACACACACACACACACACACACUGAGACUCAAUUACUGCCCAAUUCCCCCUCUGCUGCUUCUUCUUCUUCAUCUCCUGCUCCGCCGGCCUCUCGCAACAACACACACACACACAGAAAGAAAGAGAGAAAGAAAGAGAGAGAGAGAGAGAGAGAGAGCACACAAAACCAAAACCCCGUGAUCUAAAAGUAUUCCUCCGGAGGACGAGGUGGAUUUUUUAAAGCGUCGACAGACUCAGGGUCCGAAAAACUGACGACAGUUUUAAAGCGCCGGAGUGGAGUGACUGGAUGUGUUUAGCUUCAUGUCCGCGUCUCAGAUCAGAUCAGAUGGUGAUGGCAGAAAGCUAAGCGCUUCUCCGCUGAGGAGACACAAAAACACCACAAAAUACUGCACUUUACACCUCGGGCUGGUGGAAGAGCAGUGAUGUUACAGAGCUGAGGACACUCCCACACAAUAUGGAGUCUGGAGAGCGACUGGCUUCGCCUUCCUCCACCCCGGUCUCCGUACACACCAGCUCGUCUUCAUCCUCAUCCUCGGUGUCCCCGGCCUCCAACGCCAAGAGCAGCCUCAACCACGGAGCCGUAGCCUCGCUCGCUGCCUGCGGUCCUCUGUUUGGGGUGACAGGAAGUGAGCAGCCGUUCAGCGUCAACUCUGUGACCUCGGUGCCCAGUGCCUUCCCCGUGAUGGCGCAUCCCGCCUUCGGGCUGCUCUCUCCCGGCACGGCGCGCCCUGAGUUCGGCGGUCUCGGAGCGCUGGGAAUAUCAGCGGCCCUGGCAGCGCACCCGCAGCUAGGGGCUUUCACAGAGUGGUGGAGAGCAGCCGAAGCUCACGGGCGGAGUCCAGCGGCCUUCUUCCCUCCUUUCCUCAGCCUGCCCCCGCUGUUCGCCCCUCCCCUUCAGAACCACGAGGCCACACCGUAUACAUCCAAAACCCUGAGCAAAAGCAGCCAGGGUCCUAAAGGUGUUAACGGAGCUCUGAACGGCAGCGUGGUCUCUCCGUCCACGACGAAAGGCAGCGCGUCCGUGUCGUCCUCGCCCGCUCUCAACACCUCCAGCGUCAAGCCUCGCACCUGCAAGGCGUCUCAUCACAGCAACAGCACAGGGGAGCUCCAAGAGAAACCCUCACACAAACCAAAAGAGAAGAAACCUCGUAAGAAACAGGCUGAGGGAUCUGGCGUGAGCGACAGCGAAUCAGGAUCAUCCUUGGACAGUGACAUCGAAGGAGUCAGCAGCAGUGACCUGGAUGACCUUGGCGAGGAGGAUGACGAUGACGAUGACGACGAUGAUCAGAGUAAAGACAGCGAAGAGUCUGACUCUGAAAAAGAGCGACAGAAGAAAAAUAAAGUGAAGGUUGCGGCUGCGAAUCUGCGGCCAAGCAAGAAGGAAGAUUCCAGACCGGCGGAAGCGUGGGACCUUCGGGAAGGCAAUGCCCCUCUGGACGCCCGCUCUCAGUCCUCACCGCUUGUUUCCAAAUCCAGAGACAGACUCGCGCAGCCCACCAGCGUCAUCCAGUCCACCGGCCUCGCCAUUAACACCAAACCGCUGCCUCUGAUCGGCCAAUCGCAGCAUGACUCCUCCCCUCAGCGCCUCAGCUCCUCCUCUCCUCGACCCCUGCCCAUCACCUCUCAUCAGCCCCUCCCACUUUCUCUCUGCUCCUCCCCUAAACCGCUCUCGGUCCCUUCUCCUCCCAAACCCCUCCCCCUGUCAUCAUCUCCCAAACCACCCCCUUUGAGCCCCUCCCCCAGAGCACAGGGCUCCGCCCACAAGUCUCAGGCACCGCCUCUGGACUCGCGGAGCAGCAGGAAGCUUCUGGAGAGCUCGCUGUCCCACAUCGCCGACUACAGACUGAAACAGUCUUUACUUGCGCAUGACCAGGAGUUCUCACUCCAGCUCAAGAAGCAGCAGGGCCUUUACAAGACCUCAAAGAGUUCCGGGGUUGUAACCUCCUCCUCCUCUUCUUCCUCCUCCUCUUCUACCAUUCUCCCUCCCAAAUCCACAUCGGGUCGUACCAAGCCUCCGGGUGCUCGGGUGGUGGGUGCGUCGUCGAGCCUCAUGCUCACUCAGACUCUCCUGGGCCUGGGCCACACCAACGGCAUCAUCCAGAGCUCCACGCAGGACACCCCGCUAGCUCUCACCACCAAACCUCGCUCCGACCUGCCCGUCAACCUCAGCACCGGCGGCAGGAAGGACAUGUCCGUGCCUGCUCCUUUACCAGCCCCGCUGCCUGCUCUAGUCCCCGCAUCUGCCCUGCCAGCACGACCUCGUGCGUCCCGCAAAAACAAGACGCCCAGAGCCACGGAGGCCUGGAAGGAUGUUUCACAGAAGCACUUGGUGAAGUCUCUUGUGGACCUGUUCCACCAUGGAGGCGGAAAGCAGGAGACUCCGGGCAAGAAGGACUCGGAUGAGUCGGGCGAGGACGACGACGAUGACGAGGAUGAUGACGUGGAUGAUGAAGAGGAGGAUGAGGAGGACGAGGACGACAGUCUCUCAGAGUCGGACAGUAACUCAGACAGCGAGCUGAACGGCUCGGCAAAGAAGAACAGGGACACGACGGAGACGGAGACUGACGGCGAGAGGACGCCUUUGAAGCUCAGCAAAAACCUGCCCCUGCUCGCUUCCGCCUCGGCCAAUUACAGCCUGCCUGACUGCUCGCCGCUCAACCUCCAAGUUAUUAAGCCUUCCGGCGUGGCCACGCCCACCAUCGUGAGCAACUCCGGUGCCUUGACCUAUCACAGCUCGCCUUCCUCGUCGUAUUCCGUCGGCACCUCUCCAGGAUCUGGAAAAAGGAAGCGUGUGAUGAACGAGGAUGAUCUAAAGACUCCUUUAGAAAUGGGCUGGCGGAGAGAAACCAGGAUCAAAUCUGCCGGAGGUCGUCUCCAAGGAGACGUCGCGUAUUACGCGCCCUGCGGCAAGCGUCUGCGGCAGUACCCCGACGUCGUGAAGUAUCUAUCCAGAUACGGAAUAACUGACAUCACACGCGAUAAUUUUAGCUUCAGUGCAAAAAUAAGGGUUGGUGACUUCUAUGAAGCCAGAGAAGGACCCCAGGGUCUGCAGUGGUGCCCACUGAGCGAGGACGAGGUCAUACCGCGCAUCAGAGCCAUGGAGGGCCGCAGGGGUCGCCCGCCCAACUCUGAGCGCCAGCACACGGCCGGCGACAGCGAGGGCUCCGGAGCGCGCCGCAGGAAGGGUCGUCCGCCCAACGUGGGCCACACGGAGUUCCCCAAUCCCUCUGAGGCCAAGCUGCUCCGCAAACUGGAGGCUCAGGAAAUCGCCCGGCAGGCUGCUCAGAUGAAGCUGAUGAGGAAGUUGGAGAAGCAGGCGCUCGCGCGAGCGGCUAAAGAAGCUCGCAAGCAGCAAGCCAUCAUGGCUGCUGAGGAGAGGAGGAAACAGAAGGAGCAAAUCAAGAUUCUCAAACAGCAGGAAAAGAUAAAGCGCAUUCAGCAAAUCCGGAUGGAGAAGGAGCUCCGCGCGCAGCAGAUUCUCGAGGCAAAGCGGAAAAAGCGGGAGGAGGCUGCCAAUGCCAAAAUCUUGGAGGCGGAAAAGCGUUUAAAGGAGAGAGAGAUGAGACGGCAGCAGGCUGUUAUACUGAAGCACCAGGAGUUGGAGAGGCAUAGACUAGAUAUGGUAUGGGAGAGGGAGAGGAGGAGGCAGCACGUCAUGCUGAUGAAGGCUGUGGAAGCUCGCAAAAAAGCUGAGGAGCGUGAACGGCUCAAGCAGGAGAAACGCGACGAGAAGCGACUCAACAAAGAGCGCAAGCUGGAGCUGCGCCGCCUCGAACUGGAAAUGCUGCGAGAGAUGAGGAAGCCCAAUGAGGACAUGUGCUUAACUGAUCACAAGCCUCUGCCGGAGUUGUCUCGCAUCGCGGGUCUGGUUCUGCCGGGGCAGGUGUUCUCUGACUGCCUGAUGGUGGUCCAGUUCCUGCGUAGCUUUGGGAAGGUGCUGGGCAUGGAGCAGAACGAGGUUCCCACACUGGGUGUGCUGCAGGAGGGGCUCCUCAACCUGGGCAACAGCAUGGGGCAGGUACAAGACCUGCUGGUGCGUCUGCUCUCCUCAGCCGUGUGUGACCCGGGACUGCCUCCAGGGCACAGGGCCAAGUCCAUCCUGGGUGAUCACCUGACCAACGUGGGUCUGAACCGGGACAACGUGUCUGAGGUGCUGCAGCAGUACAUGGAGGCGCACUGCGCUCAGACGGAGCUGGCCGACGUGGCCCUGAGCCUGAAGACCAAGGCCUUCCAAGCACACACACCUGUGCAGAAAGCCUUGGUGCUCGCCUUCCUGGUCAACGAGCUGUCCUGCAGCAAGAGCGUGGUCAGUGAGAUUGAUAAGAGCCUGGACCAAAUGAACAUACUGAGGAAAGACGAGUGUAUCCUGGAGGGAAAGCUCAAAAAGUUGAAGAACAUUCACGCGAAGCGCACGGGGAAGCGAGAACCCGCCGGAGGGGACGAACCUCACGCCUCAGGAACGCCGAGCUCCGGACACAAGCGCAAGAGAAAGGCUGGAGACAGCGACGACGAUGAGGACGAAGACGAGGACAGCGACGAGGCUGUAGACGACGAGGACGAGGACGACGAAGAAGAGGUGAAGAAGGCGAGGAAAGUAGAGACGUGCGACGAGGAUGAAGGAGAUCAAGCCACGAGCGUAGAAGAGCUCGAGAAACAGAUUGACAAAUUAUCGAAGCAGCAGAAUCUGAUCAGACGGAAGCUGUUCGAAUCGUCUCACGCUUUACGCUCCAUGAGCUACGGACAGGAUCGCUACCGGCGCCGCUAUUGGGUUCUUCCACAGUGCGGAGGGGUCUUCAUCGAGGGAGUGGAGAGUGGAGAAGGUCCCGAGGAGCUGGAGAAGGCACGAGAGAGACUCCGAAACUUUGAGCCGGUGAGGAUCAAGGAGGAGCCACAGGAAGAAGAAGAAGAAGAGGAGGAGGAAGAGGAAGAGGAGGAGGCACAGGCGGAGGAGGUGCGGCAGCAGCCGGAGUUGCAGACGCAGGCUCAGGUGAAGCAGGAGGAAGAGCAGCACGCUGAGAAGGAAGUGAAACAGGAAGACGAGAAGCCCUGCUCGCCGCAAAACAUGCUCCGGGAGAAGGACGCGCCGCUAUUAGACUCCGCCUCCUGUCCUCUCAAGGAGCCCUCGAACCCAUCCGGUGACCUCGCUUUGCAGUCUCUUUGCCAUACCCCUGACAGCAACAUGAUGACUGUCGCCACGGCAACCGCAUCAGCAUCAUCUCCAACUCAUUCUACCUCCAAGCCUCCUGUACUGUGCAGCACUCCUGCGGACUCUGUACCUCUCAUCGCUCAGUUUGGUGCUCCCCCUCCUCCACAGUUUGGGGUUCCUUUGUCCUUUCAGCAUCAUCAGCACCUCCUGGCGAACGAUCAGCUUCUGCGCGUUUUAACGGAGCGCAACGGCCAUUGGUUCAGCCUCCUGCCCCGUUCUCCCUGCGACGACUCUUCCCUUGUACAGCCCACCACGCCGCUGCGCUCCUCAGCUCAGGCCAACAACGUCCAGCCCAGGAGCCCUCCUGCUCCUUCGUGCUCCCCUCACCAACACCUCCAGCCUCCGUCUGCCUCCAGCAGCCCCCUCAACGCUGCUCACGACGGCCUGGGAAACCUCACCGUCUCUCCUCUGCAGGUAAAGUCCGGUGGUGCUCUGCUGCCCUUGCCCAUGUGUGGAUGGUCAGGUGGGGUAAUCAGCCCCAACCUGCCCAUGUGCAGCAGCCCUAUGCCCCUUUGCCCGCUCACUGAGGGCAGCGCCAGCCCCCUGCUGGCCCCCAGUGUCUCCACCAGCAAGAGCGGCUCUCCUGCACCCCCUGGGGACAAACCGCCCUCUGCACCCUCACCUGCUAUAGAUCUGCCACGGAACCAUGACCAGCCACAGCCACAACCCAUUCCAGAAAACAUGCUGAUGGGCUGGUGGAAGAUAACGGACAUGGAGGAACUGCAGGCCCUGAUGAAGACGCUCCACAGCAGAGGCAUCAGAGAAAGGGCGCUGCACAAACAGGUCCAGAAAUCCAUGGAGCUCAUCGCACAGACCUGCAACAAGAACAAAGAGGUAGCCGUGAUGGAGGUGUCGGAGCUGGAUGAGGGCCAGGUUUCCGUAGAGACGCUACAGGAGUGGUGUGUGGAGGAGCAGGCGAUGGAGACGGACAUCGCCUUACUACAGCAGGUGGAGGAGCUUGAACGCAGGGUCACCUCAGCCAGCCUGCAGGUCAAGGGCUGGAUGCACCCAGAGCCCCAGUCGGAGAGGGAGGACCUGCUGUAUUAUGAGCACAAGCCCUUUCCCAAGGUUUGCCCGGGGGCAGAGUCACAGGAGGAGCGGAGCUCGGAGAAAGGCCUGAGACGGCAGCCCAGCAACCCGCUGGACAUCGCCGUGAUGCGCCUGGCCGAGCUGGAGCGCCACAUCGAGAGAAGGUACCUGCGGAGCCCCUUAGGGACAACCAUCCAGAUCAGACUGGAUAAUGUGGGGACGGUCACUGUGCCCGCCCCCGCGCCAUCCACUAGCACUGGAGGGGAAGGGGGUGAGGAGGAGAUCGCUCCGGGGAUGAAGGUGUGGAGGAAGGCUCUGAGCGAGGUCAGGAACUCGUCACAGCUGGCUAUGUGCCUGCAACAGCUGCAGAAGUCCAUCGCCUGGGAGAGAUCCAUUAUGAAAGUGUACUGCCAGAUUUGCCGUAAGGGGGAUAAUGAGGACUUGCUGCUGCUGUGCGAUGGCUGUGAUAAGGGCUGUCACACCUACUGCCACAAGCCCAAGAUCAACGCCAUCCCUGAGGGAGACUGGUACUGCCCUGCCUGCAUCUCCAAGGCGAGCAACCAGUCCCCGAAGAGCAAGAAGCCUCAGAGUCGUGUGCAGUCCGGCGGAGGGGGAAAGAAAUCCUCGGAGACAGCCAAGAAGAACAAGAAGCAGCAGGAGGCAUGUGAGGAAGAGGAGGCAGGUGGAGGCAGCAGCAACAGCAACAGCAGCCCAAAGAAAACAGCCACGGCUUCCGGCCAGGCGAAAAAGAGCUCGCCUGUUCCUCUGUCUGCCAAACCCGAGAGCCCGGCCUGCGUGAAACGAGCCAAAACGGCCAGGGACAACAACCGCGACCUAGGCCUGUGCAGGAUUCUCUUGGCUGAACUGGAGCGCCAUCAAGACGCCUGGCCCUUCCUCACACCCGUCAACCUCAAAUCAGUCCCCGGAUACCGCAAGGUCAUCAAAAAGCCCAUGGACUUCUCCACCAUCCGCGAAAAGCUCGUCAGCAGCCAGUACCAGAACCUCGAAACGUUCAUUAUUGAUGUCAACCUGGUGUUCGACAACUGCGAAAAGUUCAACGAGGACAACUCGGACAUCGGCCGCGCCGGGCACAACAUGAGGAAGUUCUUUGAGAAGAGGUGGACGGAGCUCCUGAAGCAGACUAACUGAUUGACUCGAAGCCACCGUGCGCCAUUUUUUUUCCGAACCUCUCAACCUGGGAUCAGAACCUUGGAUCCGAACCGCCCAGAAUUUUCCUCCCAGCAAAGCAAAGCACCAUUCUUCAACCUGAACAUGUCCCCCCCUGGACAUACACACACACACACACACACACACACUCACAUACACACAACACAACACCCCAAAGAGACACAGGACAGAGGGUGUCUUUGUGCAAUAUCAUUUCCUUGUAGAAAAGAGUAAAUCGCACUGAAAUCUUCAACCGUCAGAGCUGUACCUAGGAGAAAUCAAAAAAACAAAACAAAAAAAAAACACUUUCCACUACCUGUAAAUAUAUUUUUGUUUCUUCUGUUGUUUUUUUUUUACUUUAUCGUUAAUAUUAUAGUGAAUGUAUUUAAUUUUUUUCAAAUGAUUAUUUAUGACAAAAAAGGUCCAUUCUUCAUUUUCUAUGAAAAGGAAGAAACAGCGCAAACUGCUUUAAAAAAAAUCGAAUGGAAUGUUUAUUUGUACAUGUUUUUCUUCUUUUUUUUGUGUUUGUUUCUUUUCUUUUUUUUUCCUCUCCAAAUAUGAAACGAAGCCAAGAAAAGAAAGGAACCUGUUUACACCGCUCCGGGGCGUCCGACAUCGGAGUUUUCCCCUCGUUCUCACACACACACACACACACACACACACACACACACAUGGAUGAGCAGUGGUGUCGUUCCCCCCCUCUCCCCAUGCACAAAAGAAAAGAAAAAAGAAAAGUGUACAUACUGUCUGUUCAUACCGAUAUAUCUAUAUCGAGUCUUGUUUGGAAUGAUGUGUACAUAUGGUUUCAAACAUUGGAUAUUGUUCAUGCCUUAGACCGAUUGUAGCAUUUAAUUUUAGUCUUAAAGUGACUUAUUUUAUUAUUAUUAUUAUUAUUAUCAUUAUUAUUAUUAUUAUUGACACAUUUAUUGGUGUACAGUAUACACACAUAUCUUCUACAAACACUGUGGUCUCCUUAAUCUUGGUAGUGCCUGCCCUUCUGAACAGGGUGUAGGGAAGUAUUUUUUGUUUGUUUUUUGUUUGUUUUUUAUUUUUUUUUAAAGAAAAAAAAACACGAAACACCCCCUGGCUUCCUCCGCACGCUGGCAUAUAUACUGUACAACACGAGUGUGUAUCCCCAUGUGAGAACUGUUGGGAGUAGCUUCAGCAACUGACUCACACUCUCACUCACUCACUCACACACACACACACACACACAUAUGCAGCAAGCUUUCGGUAACAACUCUGGCCACGUCCCAAACCACAUAACCCCUGUUUACCUGUGGCUUCGUCCUAAAUUGUGUUGUUCUUUAGAGCAGUGCGCCAAACCAGUGUUCGUGAGUGGUUUACUGGUUUAACGUAGCCUACUACUUAACAGGAUAGAGUGCGGUUUGGGACGCAGCCCGUGUCCAAGUCUCCUCCUCUGCUUGCUCCUCUUCUUCCUCUCCCCAACAUCCCUGUAAGUCUUGGCCACUGGAGGCAGCUAGAACACAGUUUUUUUGUACCCGAGUCAGAGUACUUGAAGUUAUUUUAUUUAAAGCUAUUGUGGGAAACAAAAUGGUAGCGUUCUUUUUGUAGGAGCAUUAUUUUUCACUAGUGUGUGUGUGUGUGUGUGUGUGUGUGUGCGCGCGUGUGUGUAUGUAUACGUAUGUAUGUGUGUAUGCGUGUGUGCGUCUGCAAGUGUGUGUGGCACGGACCUAUUAAAAGGAUGUUUUUAAAGUCA